AUGAAAAAUCCCUACUUUCAUCUCCUUCGAGAAGAUUCAUCGGAGCUGCUGAAAGGAGGACUAGUCGACACUUCCAAAAAGUUCUUCACCAUAGUGCUUCUGCUCCGAAAUCUUCCAUUUCCCGUCAAACUUGUGCAGCAGAUCAAGAAUCACCCGAUACCGCAAACGCUAAUCGUUGAUCGGCUGAUGGCAUUGCUCGACGAACGCUUGGCGACGACUGGUCGUCUGCUUGCGAACAUUUCCGUUUCAUACGUCUCCUUUUUCUGA